AUGCCGAGCGUACAGGUGACGAGCAACGUGCCUUCUACUGGCGUAGACAAAGCCAACGUCAUGGCUGCGAUCUCCAAAGGUGUGGCCGACGCUCUGGACAAGUCGGAGCAAGUCGUGAUGGUGCAGUUGAACCUGGACACACCCAUGUUCUUCCAGGCUACAGACGCCCCAUGUGCGAUGAUUCAAGUUCGAAGCAUUGGAAAAGUGGACGCCCAGCACAACCCAAAGACGGCGUCAGUACUGACCGAGACCGUAAGCCGAGAGCUGAACAUCGCCGUGGACCGUAUCUUCAUGACCAUUGACGACGUGCAGCGUCAGAAUUGGGCCAAGGGUGGCGUGCUCGUGCCGGAGCCGAAACAUUGA